AUGUUCAACUUGUUCAAAUUGUUUUCCAGUGGCCAUGGCAGUGGCAGCGUGGCAGAAAAGGAUCCAGCUAUGGAAGCGUUAAAAGCAGCAGCAUCGGCAAAUGCAAAUGAAAAACAACCCAGCAGCACGAACAUACCCGCACUGCCCAUUCAACCACUCAACCUCCCCAGUCUCGCAAAGUUACGUGGGAAGCACGUCGUACUCGCAAGCAGCUCACCGCGCCGUCGCGACAUACUCGCGCAAGUUGGAAUACAUCCCCACGUCGUCCCGUCCACUUUCGCCGAGACGCUGAGUAAGGAAGACUUUGCACACGAUGCACACGCAUACCCCAUAAACACGGCCACUGAAAAAGGCAAAGAGGUUUAUGAAAGAAUGGUGAUGGAAGACGAUAAGAAUUCACCUGAUUUAGUUAUUUCAGCCGAUACAGUCGUUCUCGUCCCAGACAACGCUCCUUCUCUUUCCAAGGGCCAGAGCUGGGAUGAGGCGCAUGGAGAAAUGAGCUACUCUGUCUGUGAGAAGCCCAUCGAUAAAGCUGACCAGUAUCGCAUGCUCGCCGAUGCUAGUGGCCGCUCACUGCAGGUAGUCACUGGAGUGUGUAUUACUUACCCCACCCUCCAAGCACCCGGUUAUGCGCAGAGGACAUUCGCCAAUGCCACUACCGUUCACUUCUUCGAUAUCGAUCCAUACACCAUUGACCGCUACAUAGACACAAACGAGGGUAUCGAUAGAGCAGGUGGUUUCGCGGUGCAGGGAUUGGGCGCGUUUAUGGUCGAGGGCAUCACCGGCGACUACAACAACGUCGUAGGAUUCCCUCUCGCAGAAUUUGUUCGUUUCUUAGACACGCUUAUCGAGAAUGACGAAGACGUGCUCCAAGUUGAGUAA